AUGUCAUCUAGUCUGCAGCAGCUCCAAAACCAACAAUUCAGAGCUGUCAGUCUCGACUACUCGCAGCACGGCCUGGACUCGCCCGGCGCUCAUUCCCAUAUAACCACUUCCUCGGCCUCCCAUCAAGCAUUUUCCUCCGGAACCCCAAAUGACGGCAUGCGGUCCAACAGCGCCGCCCAGAGUCUCGUCGAUGCUUCUCAUUUUCCCGACGACUUUUCCUUCCCGCCCCACGAACUACACGACCAGAAUGCAAUGAUGUUUCUCGGUGAGCCAGACCAUGCUUCCGACAUGUUUCCGACGUCGCACCGCCCCUCGGUAUCGUCCAUGGGUGGCCGCCAAAACUCCAUAACCGUCAUGCCCGUUCCCUUUGCAAGAGCAACGGACCAGCGACGCCAUAGCGUAAUCACCUCGGAAGAUGGCAGCCAGGACAGCGGCCACGCCGACCGCAAUCCCCUGGAAGAUGCCGGAGCCGACGAGUUCGGCUUACCCGCGCAGGCGGCCGGCAACGGGGCCGAAAUGGGCGGCAAGGCCAAGGACGACAAGACGGACCAGACUCCCGCGUGGAGUGAAUUGAAGACCAAGGCCGGCAAAGAACGAAAGCGGCUUCCGCUGGCGUGCAUCGCCUGCCGACGCAAGAAGAUCCGAUGCUCGGGGGAAAAGCCCGCCUGCAAGCACUGCCUGCGCUCCCGGAUCCCCUGCGUGUACAAGGUGACGACGAGGAAAGCCGCGCCCAGGACCGACUACAUGGCCAUGUUGGACAAGAGACUCAAGCGCAUGGAGGAGCGCAUCAUCAAGAUCGUCCCGAAAAACGAACAAGACUCGAAUGCCGCGUCGCUGACCCGUGCCGUUGUCAAACCGGCAAUUCCGGGUACCCUCCCCGCGGCUAAGGCCGGCUCCAAGAAGCGAGCUGCCGACGAAGCCUUCGGCCAGGACCUCGACCACUGGGCGAAAGCACCGGUCAAGACCAUGCUUGACGCGUCCAACAAACCAACGUCCCUUCAGGCGCAGGAGGCGGAAGAGAACAAGCUGUUCCUCGAGGGACUCGAUGCACUGCCGUCCAAGGAGAUUCAGGAACAUUUAGCCGAGGUAUUUUUCGAGAACAUUUACGGCCAAGCGUAUCACCUGCUUCACAAACCGAGUUAUAUGAGAAAGCUCAGGGCCGGGACGCUGCCACCCGUUCUCAUCUUGUCUGUUUGCGCCAUUGCCGCCCGCUUCUCCAGCCACCCUAAGCUUAAUAACUCAUCACCCAAUUUCUUGCGCGGGGAAGAGUGGGCAUCACAUGCCAGAGACAUUUGUACCAGGCGAUACGAAUGGCCCAACAUCACGAUCUUGACAUGCCUAUUAAUCCUGGGCCUGCACGAGUUCGGCACCUGUCACGGCGGGAGGAGUUGGGCCCUCGGUGGGCAGGCGAUCCGCAUGGCGUUCGCUCUUCAACUCCACAAGGACCUGGACCACGAUCCGCUCAAUCGUAACGGGUCGUCACAGUUGAGCUUCAUUGACCGGGAAAUUCGGCGGAGGACGAUGUGGGCCUGCUUCCUCAUGGAUCGGUUCAAUUCGUCGGGCACAGAACGGCCGACGUUCGUGAGGGAAGAGACCAUCGACAUACCACUGCCGAUCAAGGAGAAGUAUUUCCAACUCGACAUGCCGGCGCCGACGGAGACGCUCAAGGGCAAAGUGCCCCACCCGGUGUCGGCAGACGAUGGCCAAAUGGCCGACGCCAAAGACAACAUGGGCGUUGCCGCCCACAUGAUCAAGACGAUCGCCCUCUGGGGGAAGGUCAUCAACUAUCUCAAUCAGGGGGGAAAGGAGCUCGACCCCCAUCCCAUUUGGAGCCCGGAGUCCGAGUACGCCACGCUGCUCCAAGAGGCGGAGAAGCUGCUGGAUAACCUCCCCGAGGGUCUGCAAUACUCGCCAGAGAACCUGGCGCUCCACGACACGGAAAAAAUGGCCAACCAGUUUCUCUUCCUUCACAUCGCGAUCCAUCAAAACAUCUUGUUCCUCAACCGUGUCGCCGUGGCAACACCAAACAGCCCCGCAGCCCAAGGUGUUCCCAGGGACUUUGUCACCAAGGCUGGCGACAAGACAUUCGCAGCGGCCAACCGCAUCUCGGAGAUCCUCAAAGACGCCGAGUCCCACAUGGUCACGGCCCCCUUUGUCGGAUACUGCGCGUUCUCUUCGGGAACCAUUCACAUCCUCGGCAUCUUUUCCGGCACCCCUGCCGUGGAGGCGGCCUCCAAGAAGAACCUGGCAACCAACGUCAAGUUCCUCUCCAAGAUGAAGAGGUACUGGGGCAUGUUCCACUACAUGUCGGAAAACCUUCGUGACCAAUACCGGACAUACGCCGAUGCCGCCCGACAAGGGUCCUCGAGCAAGGAGGCCUCGACGGCCUCUCCCAUCUUCCAGUACGGCGACUGGUUUGACCGAUACCCCCACGGAGUUUCACAAUCCGACUUUUCGGACCCGGCGACGCUGAAGAACAAGGAGAAGGGCGACGACGCCGUCUUGGAGCAGAAGCCCGAGCUGCACACCGUGGAGGAGUACUUUACAAACCUGUCGCCGCCUCGCAGCACCGAGGGCAACUCCUCAAGGCCCAACCCGCUCAAGCGCAAGUCUUUUGCUGGGAAGAAGUUGGGCACGGGCACGAGAGCGGAUGGAAGCCGCCCCGAGCCGCUCUCCAACGAGAACAUCGCCGUCACCGCGCAAGAGCAGCUGAGUGCUCGCAUGCAGCAGCAGAGAGGCAUGCGAGGCUCGCUCGGCGGCCAGACCAGCGGCCCAACCAGCUUCAACCCCCUCACCGCAACCCACUCGCAGGGAUCCAACUACCAUGCCCUCUCGCCCAUCAGCCCGAUUGCCGUCGGCCAGUUCGGGCACCAUCACCCGGGCACGCCGUCGUUCUACUCCCCCGACUUGCUCAACAUGUCGUUGAACCAGCAGAACGGGAUCCUGCAGCCCUCGACCGGCAGCUUCCAUUUCGACGGCAUCGACUGGGACGGCAUGCCCUCCAGCGCCCACAGCGCCUCGGGGACGCACCGGGAGGGCGCUCGCUCUCGUACCCAGCGCGGCAACCCCAACGGCAUGGGUGGGCCCGUCCCCGGGCACCCAGACAGCAUGCCCGGGUAUGGGGCUCAAGAGGCAUCGACCGCGUGGUUCAUGCCGUUCAACAUGGAGCCGCCCGAAAUCGGCCAGGACAUGGGUAUAAACAUUGACGGGUUUGGCAACAUGUUUGGCAGCGGCUUGCAUCACGGGGCGCGCUGA